UAGCAAACGGGCUGUGAAUCAGAGACUUGCGUCAAUAGUGUUUGAGGUGCAUAAAGGGAAAAAAAACGACUGUCAGACCAACAUAAAAGUAUAUAUUGACUGAAAUUUGCGUUCAAAACACUAUUGGGAGGACAUGAAUUGAUGCAUUGCCGCUUUCUAUUGGCUUCCGCGUGUUAAAACCCCGCCUCCGUGCUGCGUGACUGCUCCGUUCUCAUCCCAAAGCGGCAAAUGGCGACGCGUUGUCCUUCCGCGGCCGUACACGCGAAAAUCUCCGUCUGAGUCAUAUAAGGACGUCAAUGGUCUCCCAUCCGCCUCCGUUCACUUGCCAACCAUCUGCCAAUGCGACUGUAUCUGACGAAUUUAUGCAGAAAUUUCCAGAGGAGGACUGAUUUGUUUUUGUUUUUUUUGUUUAAAUCCACUAAACAGUUUUCUCUCAAAAAAGUGCAUAUCAGAGAAAUCACGUCAAAGGAAAUGACCAAGCCAAAAACCAAGCCGUGCCCAACGUGUCAAGCUCCAAACCCGGUCCAGGUGAAGACCUGCACUACCUGUGCGUGCAGUCUGCCCGUCAGGGAUAAGAUCACCAAAUUCCAAGAUAAUCUCAAAUCUAAAAACUGGGCACAGUCUGUCAGAAAGAAUCACAACUCAAACAGAGUGGUCAACAGUGCUCUGAUCUCGAUGUCAAAGCUCAAUGCCCUGGGCUAUCAACCCAUUUUGUUUUUGACCCAAAAGUCCAAAUGUGGCCUGAUUAAAGGGGAUCUUAUCCACUUCCUCCAGCCUGAAGGUGUAAAUAUAGAAAUCAUUCAAGAAAUGCAAAGACUCUAUGAGCUGCUUCUUCAUAAUCCUUCCACUGCAUCAGCCUCCACCUCGUCUCCUGAAGAGGGCCAGUCGGCUACACAAGAGGGCCCCUCAGCCUCACCAGCACCACCCCCAAAUGACCAUGGGAAGUUAUGGAUUUGAAGAAGUAGUGACUUUAUUUUUUGUUUAAGUCUUAUUUAUUUUUCCAAAACUAUUUUAUGUUGAUGGAAGAACCCAGAUCCCCUGACAUGGAGAACAUGCAAACCCCACCGGAUCUGAAAAUCACCCUCAGGAACUGAAUUAGAUUUGUUUUACUUUGUCUGUAUCCAUUAAACAUUAUUCUAAACCUGAUUGCAAAGGUUUGGACACCAUUCAUAUCAUACUUCUGUAUUCUAAUUUCCUGGAAUCUGUGACGACAAUUCUCAAAACCAACAGUAAUUCAGGGAGGGCUCUUUUGCUUUGCCACUUUAGUAAUAGUAAAUAAUGACUUGCAGUUGUAUUGCUCUGUUUUUACAGGCUUGAUGAAGUCUCUGUAGGUGCUGUGCUGUAUAUUCACUGUAUAUUCACGUGGUGGUAAGGUACUUCUUUUCAAGUCACUCUUAACCAACUACAUGUUAACAGUAAUGUGGUUGUUUUAAGUCCAAAAAGUACAUUUAAAAGAUUCAGCUUUUAUUUAUUUUAUUUUUGGAAAGUCUGUAAGAAAAUGAAUGAAAUUUUUACUUUCAGAACCAGGGCCACAUGGUCACUGUUGGGCUCUAUUGGAACAAAGUUUUCCAAAUCUUUGAUUGCAGUAGAAUUGUUCCACAAGACACUGGCUCCAGAGACACUGACUUUGAGUUGUUGUACAGUAAAUCUGGUCAGUUCACUUCCUAAACUCUUCUUGGGUCAGUGUAAUUGUUUUGUAGAUAUUCAUUAGGGACGGUAUAUCAGUUAUCAGUUAUUGGUAUUGGUCCGAUGUGGAAAUCUAGCCGAUAUUUAGCACCAAUAUUUGUUCUGCAAUUCCUCGGUCUGUGUGUCCUCAGAGCAUCACAUUUGUCUUUUUGAACAGACUCACGAGUGACAAUAUGAAUAAGCCUAUAUUCAAUGUGUAAACCUCAGUAUAACUUAAUUUAAAUGCUCUGUACUAUAGUUUUUUAAAAGCUUAAUAUCAGUUAUCAGCCACAUCUUGACAAAUAUCAGAUAUCGGUAUCGCCUUAUCCAUAUUGGACCGUGCCUUAUAUUUAUUUUGGAGAUGUUGACCUAGACGUUAAAUGUGUAUAAUGGGUUUUUCAUGUUGUUCUGUCCUAAAUAUUUAUCAUCACGGACUGGUUUUCUGUCAGUUUAAACACUGAUUCACGAAAAUAAAGGUGUAGUAUAUUUUUUAAUUGUUCAAUAAAUAAAUGUGUAAAUUAGCUUUGGCCCUUGUUUACAUGGUAACGUCUACGUAUUGUAUGUUCAGUCACCAAAUCUUUAUCUGUGCUAACUUCAUUUCAGUGUAAUGAGUAUUUGCAUUUGAACAGCUUUUCUGAUACAAAAUGAUGAAAAUAUGAAUCUAGAAUGAAUGGAACAAUCACGAAACAACCAGAACUCGCCCAGUGAUCUUGAUCUAUGAAAUGAUCUAUUUGGACACUUGUACUCUGUAACUUUUAUUAUUUUA